AAAAAGGACCCGUCUGACUGGACGGACCAUCCAGGGAACGAGAAACGGGAAUAAAAAUCAGGUGCAGAAAAUUGCCGUGAGGAGAACGAGACCAAAAGGUCGAAACGCAGUUGCAGCAGCGAAUCAGAACGAACCCACCGAAGAAGAUCGAAGGGAGAGUCGCAUCUUGAUUUCUAAGCAGGUCGGGUCCGUCAUGGAAAGGUCUGUUAGAACCAGGCAGAAUCAGGCCAACGCAGGCCAACAGGGCGACGCUUUGCCUCAGGCCCAGAACCGGAUGAGUCAGCUCCCCACCAUCCCACCUUGCCCCACACGCUGAUUGGCUGCCGAUGAUCCGAGAUCACCUGCGGUCGGAAUUCGGGCCAAUGAAGCGGCCGGUUUGUCCACCGCUCCCAGAGAUCGCCUCCUCUUUCAUCAUCUUUCCCUUCUCCUCGUUCCCAUACUACUCCGUACUUCCCAUACAUUCCUUCAUACACCCCCCAUACAACAUUCAUACUAUUCAUACGCUUCGUACAAUUCCCUUGACCUGCCUAGCCACACCCCGGGCAGUGCCUCGAUCUCUGGGCUUGGAACUUGGGGGUCAGUCUGCUAGUGCUUCCACCCCAUUCUAGCCUCAGGCCCGUUUCUGCACCUUUUUUUCCUUUUGAAUCCCCUCCACCUCCGCCCCCCUCCCCCAACCGCCCUAUCUCGCCCUUACGCUGCCAGAUCUCCAGGCUAGGAGGCAUCUUUCUCCCCGGGGUCAGGGUGAUUUGAGUCGGUCUUGAAUAUCCUACCAUCUCUCACUAUCAUCCUCUUGAUCUCAGUUCAAUCAUCUAUCAUCGUUUGCGGGCGGACCGCCCGAUUAUCGCUCCUCGUUUCCUUUCGAGCCUUGUCAUUUCCAUCAACUUAAUCUCCCCCGCCUAUCCUCCUCCCUUCUUGACACGACUACUAUCUGGCAGCCCUUGUCAAUUUCACCCCUCUAUUCCCGUUUAAACCCCACCAUAUAUCAUCAUGAGCGACUACGAUCAGCUCUACCCGCAGGGGCUCUAUCUUUCCCCCGGCCAGCAGGAUCUCCUGCUUGCUGCUCUCUCAUCCAACAAUCCCGCCCAUAAACAGCAGCCCCAACCUCAUCACACCCCCCAGAUGAAAGCUGAUCACAGCCCAGACCAGGCGUCAUCUAACGGAAUGAGUGGGCCGCCUUCGGGUGCGUUCGACAACCCACAACUCAAUGGCCUCGGCUUCGGGGAGGAGGAGAGUCCAUUCUUGGAUUUCAACCCAGAAAUCGACUUUGAGUUCCCACACUCGGCAGAGCUGAUUGGCGAUCUGCCCGGUACCGCUCCAUCUUCCGAGUAUGACAUCGGUGAGAAGCGAAAGUCGAUGGAUGGCAAUUCUGAGGUGGACCCGGAGGAGAAUGGCAAGAAGCGUCGGGAGAGCGAGGCCAAGAAGCCCGGCCGAAAGCCCCUCACCUCGGAACCCACCACGAAACGCAAGGCCCAAAAUCGGGCUGCCCAACGAGCCUUCCGGGAACGGAAGGAGAAGCACCUCAAAGACCUGGAGACCAAAGUGGACGAAUUGCAAAAGUCUUCGGACAACGCCAACCAGGAGAAUGGUCUGCUCCGAGCUCAAGUGGAGCGACUCCAGGUCGAGCUUCGCGAGUAUCGCAAGCGUCUUUCCUGGAUGACUAGUGGUAGCGGUAUCUCAGCCAUGAGUGCCAUUCCCAGUGCUCAUUCCCGGGGAGCGUAUGGCCUCCAGAACAAUGAGUUCAUCUUCGAUUUCCCCAAGUUUGGUGACCUGCCGGGCUCCCAUCUCUUCAAUGGCCAGGUAAACAAGAACGAUCAAUCCAAGAACAAAGGACAGACCCCUCGUGCCCCUGGUGUGCUCAAUCGGGAUGGUCUGAACGGCUUGCCGACGCUUGCCACCAGCAAGUCCAAUUCUAGCACCCCGUCCAACUCCAGUACCCCCACUGGACCUGGCAGUGUGAAGUCUCACUAUGCUGGUUCCAGCGGUACUACUCCGGGCAGCACUACUUCCACCAGGGCUCACUACAACAAUAUCAAGCAGUCUGGGGCCUCUACGCAUGACACCUCAACCUCGGACUCCCCCUCGUCUUCGUCUGAUUCGCACCACUCUCAGCUACUCUCGUCGAAUGGUACUUCCCCCGAGCCGAGCUUGAACUCUCCGCCCGAGGCAAAACUCCACGACUCUAGUAACACGUGCGAUAUCCAUGGCGGCGUCAAUGCUGCUCGGGACAAGACCAAGUCCCUCAGUGUCUCCAGUGACCAGCCGACUUCCACGGAAGACGCGGUCGGGCUCGAUUGGCUGGCUCAACAAAAUGGCGGUCAGUUUGACCCAGUUCUCUUCGGCGACUGGCGCGAACCACAGGAUGCCGUCCUGUCUCAGGACUUUGGUUCCUUCUUCAACGAUGCUUUCCCCCUGCCGGACUUGGGUAGCCCAUCCCACAACCUCACCCAGGUGGCAACCCAGCAAGCCCCCAAGAAGGACCUGAUUGCACAAAUCGACAGUAGACUGGAGGAAGAAGUUGUUCCAGGAGAGGACAAGUCUCAGAUGCUGUCGUGUACCAAGAUCUGGGAUCGUCUACAAUCCAUGGAGAAGUUCCGGAACGGCGAGAUCGAUGUCGACAACCUCUGCUCCGAGCUGCGCACAAAGGCUCGUUGUUCCGAGGGCGGCGUGGUCGUGAACCAACGUGAUGUCGAUGACAUCAUGGGUCGUGCCAAGUAACAAUUCACAAAGUCUCCUUCACGCUGGAGAUUUUAAAAAAAAUUGGCAUGUCCUACCCUUUUCACGACUCACGCAACCCUCAUCUCACGUCAAUUGAAUUUGUACCACGAUUUUUAUCCAAUCAUACCCAUCAUCGAAUAUCAUUUGAAAAAUAUACGGCGUCAUGAAUUAUACCUCAAGAACCAAAUCAUGACCACACGCCAGCCGAACCCGCCGCAGCACUCGAGAUUGAAUCUUGAUUAUUAUGUCCAUGGCGUAUCACUCGUUGGUCCUUUUUGAUUCCCAGAGAACUUCUGGUUUAUUUCCAUUUCUAUCGACCUCUUUUUUGAUCUACCGUCUUUUCUUUUCUUUUCUUCGUCUCUCUUUGCCAGUAGUUUUGCCUGCUACAUCUUCUGUGCGUGUGUCUUUUCUUUACACUUCCAUCAUCAAGCCUGGCGAAUGGAGACACGGGGGUUCGUCAUGCAGGUGGACCGACCAUCAACAUCUGGCUAUAUACUACGGCGCCUGGACGAGGCGGCUCAUAAGUCGACCUCUUGUAACGGAAGGGAAUAUUUGGGUUUUGGGCGAACUGGAAUCUAACUAGGCCUUGGUAGGUUGGGAUGGCUUGCGCUCCUUGAAGUUGGAUAUUGCGUAUAUCCUUGUACACAAACGAAUUUUAAAUUCAGUUCCGUCU